ACUGCACUUUACAAGACAAAGCACAGUCUUAAAGUGUGUGAAUUUUAAUUUGGUUCUAAUUCAUAGGCGGCACGAAGAGCUGUAGGGCGAAGAAAACGUUUUCAUUGUCAACAUCAUACACUGUUUAUAUACAAGAUAUUUAAACAAGUAGAACAAUUGGUGACAUGGACCACAAAUAAAAUUGUAGAUGAACUACGCAUCUUAAAAGACAAAUACGAUUUUAAAAGUUUUUUAUGCCUGUUUAUGUGCUGCGAUGGAAAAUAUUUCGUGUUUGUGGAGUGAUAUACUUGACUGUAUAGGGUACGACAAAGAGAUUAUUAGCAUAAGAAGAAAUUUCUGGCAACAAAAAUCUUGGCCUAUAUUUAAUGAAUGGAAUCCAUGGGACACUCAUAUAGUCGCGGGUAGCAAGGCUGAGGGAAUUACAUCUAUUUUUGAAAGUGACAUCGAUUUUAUGUUGCUGUGUAAAGAUACAAUAUGUUCAGAUGAAGACUUGACUACUGUAUCAGGUUUUACAACCUUAUAUGCUGAUACAAGGGAAACGCCACCAGGGUAUACCAGGCUAAAGAUGAUAAGUAAAAACUGUUGUCAGGGGGAAACGUACAGACAAUUCCUCAAAAAGUGUUUUUUUGAGUCGGAAUCUUCGGACGUGUACAUAUCAAGCUUUAAAUUUUCGUCUCUUUUGAAGCGUGAAGGUGUUUAUUCGGGUGAUGCAGAGUUUUUAAAUAAUUUUCUUCAAAGGGCUGAACUUUCCGGUCCAUCAUUGCCAACAACAUAUUUUGGGUGUAUAUCAUCUGACUCGGUUUUAGCAAUUCCAUGUCAUUAUCCAAAGAUACUUCAAACCUGGAAAAAAAGAAAACGUCGUUAUACCUGGCCACCAGAAUACGUUAUUGAGGCUGCAGCUUCUAUGCAACCACAAGUGGUCCCUAAAGGAAGCAAGAACAGUGAUGACAAAUGGCGAGAAUGGAGAUUCUGUUUCAUAAAAUCAGAACUUGAACUGACAUCUAGUUUGAAUGAAACACAAAUCAAACUGUAUAUCCUUUUAAAAAUAGUCGCAAAAGACAUAUUAAAGAAUGUCAGCGAAGAAAUAUCGUCCUAUAUGAUGAAAAAUAUUACAUUCUGGUUGGCAGAAUUACUUCCGGAAGAACUGUUUAGAAAGGACAAGCUCAUAUCCUUACUUUUCCUGUCAUUGAUGUAUUUGAAAUUAUCUAUUUCCGAGUCAAACUCGUUACCAUACUAUAUGAUCCCAGGGAGGAAUCUUCUUUCAGAAAGACUUUCACCUGAAAGCAGACGACAAAUGUGUGAAUUAUUAGGUAUGUUGAUAGCUGAAGGUCCAGGCUUCAUUUUUAUUAGAUGUAGCAAACUAAAAUCAGCUUGGGAAUUCCUUUUUACUUCUCCGAUUCCCUUAGAUGUUGACGGAGGAAGACGAGAUAUGAUAGAGAAAAUAUAUUAUUCUUUUCUUUCAAAACUCCUUCUUUCAGUGAUUAAAGAUGACGACAUCGUGAUUGCUUUUGUCAUAUCAUGUAUACAUUUUUAUAUACCUGAAUUGUAUACAUUAAUUAAUAAUGGCAUCACUCUAACCGAAAUUACACUUUUGUUUCAGAAGAGAGUUCAUUUGUGGCUUGAAAAAGUCAUUCCGAUAUUUUCAUAAAUGAAAGAAUUUUAUAUCAAUACAAAUCAUACAUGCAUCAUUUAUUUUAUAAAUAUAUACAUAGCUAUUUCAAAAGUCAUAUGCCGCACAAUAUAUAAAGUAUACGCUCCCUGAA